ACGUGUCAAACUACUCCAAACAAGUCUCACUCCCCCAAGUUCCAAAACCAUGGAGGCACAGUGAAAACUGAAAAGCCUCCGUUUUUGGAUACAAUAAUUCAAGAAAACCCUACAUUCACACACCCAAAUCUUCAAUUCCAUCAAAACUUGAUGAAAAAAUGGAUCUUGAUGAGUGGGAAGUGCUGCCGGAGGAUGGGUUUCUGCAAAUCCACGAUGACGGUGCCGGGAAGAAGAUAUUUUCCAGGAAAUACGGCGCCGCUCCGACCAGUCAUGUCUUCAAGAUGAACUACUUCGUCUGCCCCCCGCCGGUAAAUCCGGCCAAUCAAUUCGUCGAAACUACAACCCAAUUGCUCCCCCUCCCUCUCCCGUCAGUUCAGUUCAUCGGUGAUCAUCAUCAGAUGGAUAUAGCGGCGACGGAGGCUGAGCCGGAUCGGGUGUCGCAAGUUUUCUUCAAGAAAAUUAAGGAAACUGAUUUCCCUUCCGACAUGAAACUGGACUCCCCCAAGUCCAACAACAGCGCCGUCAUGCCUCAGGUCGAUGCCGGAGAAGUGUACAAAGCUGACCAGGCGGUUGAAGAUGAUGGGGACAGUAGUGAUCAUGAAAAUGGUGGUCCGAAUCUAUUGAACUGGAGCAUGACCGGAGUUGGAGCUAUUCUUUCUUUUGGAGUGGCCGCCGUUGUCUCUACAGUAUGCAUCCUCAUCGCCGGAAACCGGCAGAAGCACCGGAAAAAUCACAAACUCCGGUUUCAAAUCUACACUGAUGAGAAGAGGAUCAAGCAAAUGGUGCACCAUGCAACAAGGUUGAAUCAAGCAAUUUCAGGGGUUCCCAUCACCAGAGCUCACAUCACAAUUGGAAGUUAUUAUGAUGCACUUUAAAAUCAAAUUGCAUCUCCAGUAUUUUUAAACCUAAGUAAAUAAAUUCUAGAAUUUCCAUAUCUUACCAGGAGAAAACAAAAAUGAUUAUGUAUUUCUACAAUGCUCCUUCUGUAUUGCUACCAAUAUAUUUAUGCUUGAUGAUGUUGUGUUUGUGUACUUAAUGGAAUAUGAUAUUCAUAGAUACUUUCCUUCAUACACCAG